ACAUUUUUCAUUUUAUUUUAUUUCAUAACCAAACAAAUAAACAAACAGACAAACAAACACGAAAUUCAUUUGACACACCAAAACCAAAGAAAUGGCUUCCUCUUCUGCUAAUGCAAUUUCCACCCCUUCCAUCAUAUACUCUCCUAAACAGGGGGGAGUGAGGAAUGCUAAUUACGGUGUUAAUCAAUUGCGAACCGGUCGACCGGUUCAGCAGUCAAACCGUCGGGGGCUGGCGGUUCGAGCCUCUGCUAAAGAGAUAGCGUUUGACCAGAGCUCAAGGUCAGCGAUGCAGGCCGGUAUUGAUAAACUUGCUGAUGCUGUUGGUCUUACCCUCGGCCCUAGAGGAAGGAACGUGGUCUUGGAUGAAUACGGUACCCCAAAGGUUGUUAAUGACGGGGUUACAAUUGCAAGAGCCAUUGAGCUACCCGAUGCCAUGGAAAAUGCUGGUGCUGCUCUUAUUAGAGAGGUUGCGAGCAAGACCAAUGACUCGGCUGGCGAUGGUACAACAACCGCAUCAGUCCUUGCACGGGAAAUCAUCAAACUUGGUCUUUUGAGUGUAACCUCUGGUGCUAAUCCGGUUUCAGUUAAGAAAGGUAUCGACAAGACCGUGCUAGCUCUGGUUGAGGAGCUUGAGAAGAGAGCCAGACCUGUUAAAGGUCGUGAUGACAUCAAAGCUAUUGCGUCAAUUUCUGCUGGGAAUGAUGAUGUCAUUGGAACCAUGAUUGCCGAUGCUAUUGAUAAGGUUGGACCAGAUGGUGUGUUGUCUAUUGAAUCAUCAUCCUCGUUUGAGACAACCAUUGAUGUUGAAGAAGGAAUGGAGAUUGAUAGAGGAUACAUCUCUCCUCAGUUUGUUACGAACUCUGAGAAACUAUUAGUUGAGUUCGAGAGUGCUAGAGUGUUGGUCACUGACCAAAAGAUAACUUCUAUCAAAGACAUAAUUCCCUUGUUGGAAAAGACCACUCAACUGAGAGCUCCUUUACUAAUUAUUGCGGAGGAUGUUAGUGGAGAGGCUCUGGCUACUCUUGUUGUGAACAAGCUGCGUGGUAUCAUCAACGUUGCCGCAAUUAAGGCACCUAGUUUUGGUGAGAGAAGAAAAGCCAUGCUUCAAGAUAUUGCUAUCAUGACAGGAGCCGAGUACCAAGCCAGUGACUUGGGAUUGCUCGUUGAGAACACAUCUGUGGAGCAGCUUGGUACAGCCAGGAAGAUCACAAUCACCAAGGACUCGACCACCAUUAUUGCAGAUGCUGCGUCAAAGGAUGAGAUACAAUCGAGAAUUGCUCAGAUAAAAAAGGAGUUGGCCGAGACAGAUUCUGUCUAUGACUCCGAAAAACUUGCCGAGCGUAUUGCAAAGUUGUCUGGUGGAAUUGCUGUGAUAAAGGUAGGGGCUGCAACCGAAACUGAAUUGGAGGAUCGUAAGCUUCGUAUCGAGGAUGCUAAAAACGCAACGUUUGCUGCCAUUGAGGAAGGAAUAGUACCUGGAGGUGGUGCUGCUUUUGUUCAUUUGUCAACAUUGGUUCCUGCCAUCAAGGACAAGCUUGAUGAUGCAGAUGAACGUUUAGGUGCCGACAUCAUCCAAAAGGCAUUGGUGGCACCAGCAUCCCUGAUAGCUCAGAAUGCUGGAAUUGAGGGCGAGGUGGUUGUUGAGAAGGUAAAGGAAAGUGAAUGGGAGAUGGGAUACAACGCAAUGACCGACAAGUAUGAGAAUUUGGUAGACGCAGGGGUGAUCGAUCCAGCAAAGGUGACAAGAUGUGCCCUCCAAAAUUCGGCUUCAGUUGCUGGAAUGGUUCUGACAACACAAGCUAUUGUGGUCGAGAAGGCCAAGCCCAAGGCAGCUGUUGCUGGUGCGCCUCAAGGUCUCACUGUAUGAUCAACAAGUUAAUUUGAGUGCAUUAUGAUUCUAGCUGAAACUGUGGCUUGUUCUCGUGGCAAUGUAGUAUAGGAAAUGUGAUUGGGGUCUUUUUUUUUACCGAUUUGAGGUCACUGUUACCUUAGCUAAAUGUUAUCUACCGGUUGAGGCAACUCGAUAUAUCUUUUGUCAUUGCAGCUAAUGCGCCAUUUACGAGCAUUAAAUUAUAUUGAUCUUGAUAGUUGGGUAA